AUGGCAAUAGCUUUAGAUGAAGAAGAACAAGAAACAACAAAAGGUAAAAAACGUAUUUGGGUGCAUGAAAUUUUAAAACGGAGAAAAGUAGAUGGUGAAUUUUAUACAUUAUGUACGACUCUUGAAGAUCACGAAGAAAAAUUUUUUAUUUAUUUUAGAAUGUGUUCAUAUCAGUUUAAUAUACUUUUAUCAAAAAUAAAAAAUGAUAUUACUAAACAAAACACUCACUUUAGAGAAGCGAUACCAGCUAAACAAAAAUUGGCAGUAUGUUUAAGAUUUUUAGCGACAGGAGAUUCCUAUCAAACUAUUGCUUUUAGUUUUCGAUUGGGGCAUUCAACAGUUCAUUCAAUUGUAGUAGAAGUGUGUACAGCCAUUAUAAAACAAUUAUUAAAAGAAUACAUACCAGAACCAAAAAAAGAAAAUUGGGAGCAGAUAUCUAAUGAUUUCUGGGAAAUUUGGAACUUCCCAAACUGUAUAGGAGCGUUAGAUGGUAAACACGUUGUUAUAGAAGCACCUCCAAAUAGCGGAUCUAUGUAUUAUAAUUAUAAAAAAACAUUUUCCAUAGUUUUAAUGGCAUUAGUUGAUGCACACUAUAAAUUUAUUGCAGUCGAUAUCGGGGCUUACGGAAGAAAUAGUGACGGUGGUAUUUUUUCAAAUUCUAAUUUCGGAAAAGCACUUGAACGAAACAAAUUAAAUAUACCUGAUGGAAAACCACUUCCGGGAACUAGUGAAAAAACCCCGUUUACAAUAAUUGGCGACGAAGCAUUUCCCCUAAAAACAUAUUUAUUGAGACCAUACCCGGGUCCUCAAAUGUAUGCUGAUAAUACUAAAAGAAAAUUUAAUGACCGUCUCUCUAGAGCAAGGAAAGUUGUAGAAGAUACUUUUGGACAGCUUACUCAAAAAUUUCGUAUUUAUUCAAGAAGAAUGAAAAUAUUACCGAAAAAUGCUGACAAAAUUAUCAUGACUACUUGUAUUUUACAUAAUUUUAUAAAACAACAUGGAAAUAUUGGAAAUAGCACUCAAUUAUCAAAAUCUAUAUUAAUAGAUACAGUUCAUAAUAUAAUUCCAAUUCCAAGACAAGGAGGGAGUGCUAAUAGAGAUGCAUUUGAAGUUAGAGAAAAAGUUAAAGACUUCAUUUGUUCACCUUUAGGACAACUGCCAUGGGAAUAA